AUGAAUUCUAUGCCUCCAUCUGUUGUUUCUAACUUAAUGCGGCAACCUAUUCAUCAUUUACAUAUGUAUGCGCAGAACUUACCUAGCAUACUGAAUCUUGCUCCGUAUUUGUCACUAAAGUCAAUUAAACUCAGGAUCCAAUCGCAAGGAAAUUCAAAUGCAGAGGUUUUAAGACUAUCUGUGCACCUACUUGAUGACAUUUGCUUAUCGCGUCUUAUUGUGCCCUUCACUGAGCUAAUAAAAGCUGGUGGUGGCUCUUCUACUGCAUCCAUAGGUGCAAGCAGUGCCACUGGUGGUAGUCGGGGAACAGGAGUUAUUGGUUCUGCUUCUGUUGCAACUGCGACUUGUGUUUUUAUUCACCAUUUGGCUACGGCGAAUGCGAGUGCUUUGGCUAUUUCUCCUAAGACAAAUACAUGCUUGAGAUGUGCGACUUCCAAAUCACAAACUACAUCGAAUGGUCUAGAUAACCCAACUUCAUCUCCAGUUCACAAAAUGCACAACUCACCACCUAGCUCAUCCCACUCAUCACCUUCUUCUUUAUAUGGUGUGUCUCCUCCAACUCCUCCAACUGGUUCUGUUAAUGAAGUUAAUUCCGGCGCAACAGACAUAUCUACCUCUGGAAGUCGAUCUCGUGCUAUGCUUCAUGUUCAAAAGCAUACUUCACUGACGAAUGGAUCGGCUUGCUCACCCGAUGGAAUGGGACUUUCCUCUACAGUUUCGGCAACUCAGCUGAAUUCUACGUGCUGUAAUUCCACAGUUGGAGGUUUUGCUUCUGUGGCUCCCCACACUGGAAAACUCUUGGUAGCAUUGCUGUCAGCUCCUCCUGGGGCUUGUCGUCAUCCGAACUCAUCUGGGAAGAUUGUUCAAGAAGAGAUGGCUUGA